AUGGCCUUCAACAUCUUCUACGGCCGACCACGCCGGUUUACUUCUCGACGAUUGACUUAUCUUGUCCUCAUCGCCCUCGUUUUCGCAUUCACGAUUUUCACCAUCCUAUCACCUACUACCACGCAUGUUGCCGCUCCAGACAAUGCCGCCAAGAACGCGGAACCCAAGAAAGGCAAAACUUCUGUGUCCAGCCUUCGCGAGUCCCUCACCAAGGGCAUGACAGGCUUGAAUCCCUUCCGUGGGCCCUCUCACCGGCCUCCGGUUCGAGCACAGGACUCGUAUCACGGUUCUUCUUGGUGGGCUGAUUGGAAGUGGCUGUCUGUGCCCUUCUCUAGCUCCCUCACCCUCGACGAAGACCGUGCUCUUCUACCUCCGCUCCGUGAUCGCCCCUUCAUAUACUGCUACUACGAUUCUACUCUCAAAAAGUCGAGGGAGGAGAAGGAUGCCGAAAGCGACCUGCUUCUGACCUGGCGUCGCGCAUGGUGGGCGCAGGGUUUCCGACCUACCAUUCUGGGCGCUUCCGAGGCCAUGAACAAUCCAAUGUAUGCCGAGGUACAGAGACUCCAGGUAGAUCCAGAGCUGAAAAAGGACUUGAUGAAAUGGCUGGCAUGGGGAGCUAUGGGUACCGGCCUUUUGGCGGAAUACACCUUGUUCCCAAUGGCCCUCACCGAGGACCAUCUGUUGAGUUUCCUUCGAAGAGGUGAAUAUCCUGCCCUGACUAAAUGGAAGGGCCUCGACAGUGCACUCAUAGUCGGCCAAAAGGACGACGUGACCAAGGCUAUCCGGUCCUUGCUAGAUUCCGACAGCUUGAAGACAGCCAAGAGCGUCAUCGCGGGGGCGCCCAAGGACACGUUCAAGACGGACAAGACACCAGAUUCCCUGGCCCAUUACAGCCCAGAGCUUAUCAAGAAGCAAUAUGCCAAGGUUCAUGAAAGUCUCACAAAUGGACGAGCGAAGGGUCUGGGGUCUCUCAACAGGCUGAUCAAUGCUCAUAUGCACAUCGCCUGGCAGAACAGCUUCCCCGAUGGUAUCGACGUUCUCAAGCCCUUCCCUGAACACACCACCGAUAUGGUCGCCCCAGCGAUGAAGCUCGCCAACGCCCUGGCGUUUUGUCCCGACAACCCGAUCCCUUCUUCAUGUCCCCCCAGGCUUUCCAGUUGCAAGCGCUGUGCUGCAGGCUCCGCGGCCUUGAAGGUCAACACCCUUGAACAGUACCAGAACUCGACUCGCACCUACGCCAUUGGAACAGUACCUCAUCCUUGGACUCUUGCCACGCUUUCGAAUCUUCGGGAGAGGAUUGAUGCUGCCUGGAUCCGAAAAGAGUCUCCUCGCGAUCCAUGGCUUGAGACCAUUACCCAGAAGAUCUUGGGUGACAAAGUGUCCAGCAACCUCCGCAUCAUGCGCUUCAAGCAGGCUGUGGCGGAUGAACAUGCUCCAGCGCAUGCGCUAUGGUUAACAGCCGAGGCGGAAGUUCCCUCCGAUAUCAAUUGGCACUUUGGAUUUCGCAUCCCGCAGGGCUCUGGGGAAACAGACAGAGCCGGCACAAAGCCAGCAGAGAAGGCCAAGGACGGAAAGGCUCAAGAUUCCAAAUCAACGAAGGGAAAGCGCGCAGAAAAGUCGACAAAGGACGAUAGGAUCGAAAAGCCGCAGCCAAACCCCGAUGAGGUCGCCAAGGGGAAGGAAUUGAGUCCACAAGAGAAAAGAAAAAAGGAGCAAGCUCUUCUAGAGCGUGCCAAGAGGAUCAUUGCCCUAACCAAGCAAACCACCGACACUCGACAGCGCGCAUCCCUCGAAGCGUGGAACUUGGCUGAUACGGAGGCAUGGAAAUUUGCACGUGCGUUUUUGGCACGUCGCAGCAUGGAACGAAACGAAUGGGAGAAGGAGGAGGCCAAGUACAGCGGCGGCGCUGGCUCUGAAAAGGGGCGUAGCGCAUGGAGCCGGUGGAAGGAUUCGAAGGAGAAGAAGUAA